AUGCAUUUGGCAGUACCUCCUCGUGUCAGGAGACCUGUAGACGGCAUCCCGAGAACCGUUUGUGCCGGAUUCGGCUGGCACGCGCGAGAUCCCAACGGGGUGAAACACAUCGAGACGCGAAAUCAAGCUCGGGUGGCGUCAUAUCUGCGAAGCACCCUUGAGGAGAUCUUCGGAGGGUGCGAGGUGACCUUGGACAGAUUCGGCGAUGAAGAUAUCCAAGGGCGGAUCCGCAUCGAUGACAUCAUCAUGAGCAAAGGCUGUCGUGCCGCUUACGUCCAUGUGGCCGCCGUGGGUGAUCGACUAGAACAGCGGGAGGCCUUUGUGUGGCUGGCGGUGAACAAGGGCAGAUUGAAGACUGCCUUAGCCCGACGCUGGCGCCAGCGCCGGGGAAUCCCGCAGAUUUACUUCAUCGAGUCCAAGUGGGAUGAGUGGGAUUUGAAGUUCCGAAAAGCGCGCGAGUAUCCGGAGCUGAAUGAGCCAGACCCAUACCAGUUCUUCCCCGACUGGACUCCAGAUUUCAUGGAGAAGGCGCCAGUCUUGCGGAAGCUACGGAAGGAUGACAGGGUAGCCAAGAUCCGUGACUCCAUGGGCCUAGGCGAUGAGACAAAGCCAUUCCCCAAAUGGGGCUACCCGCAGUAG